GAUGCCGUCUGGUAACCCGGCGUCAGAUGUGGAUAAAUCGGUACCCGAUCAACCGGGACGGGAUCAGUGCGCCAGUUGGACACCAGAGUGGUACAUGAAACCGUGGGCGUUUGUGUGCGAAAGUGUGUGCGUGUGUAGGAUGGAGGAAACAGUAGUUUUUCCGUGGGGGUGAAGGGCUUUCCAAUGCCCUGCCAGUGCAUGAGACCACAGGAGGUUGACCGGGAACAGGAUCGCGUCUGAGUGGAAGUGUUGUAACGGUAACGAAGCAAAUGUAAUACAAUCAAAUGUGGGCGUGAUAUAAAAACCUUGCAAAUAAGAGGAAGUUAAUUAUAAAGGUGUAAUUUUGGCAUUGACAAGUAAAGGAAAGAAAUAAAACGUGUGAGUGGAGGUCGCGAAAAGAUCAUCUACCGUUUAACGGUUUUUCAAGAUUCGUUCAAGUAUGGUACUCUGCAUAACAAAAAAGAAUUUCUCUGUCGACAACGAUCAGCGACGUGCAGCGGAAUGGCUGUUUGACGAGUGAAAGCGGACGACGACGUGCCGGCGACGUGUGAACUGGGCGUGAGAAAAACCAGCUCCCCGGGACACACACCGACCGGGCCCUCACUCCCAUGGCUUCCAAGGUCGGUGCGGUUCAUCCUUCUGGCGCUGAUUACUGCCGCGAUGAGGACGACGACCACUUGUCCCGGGGUAUUCUCCGGCAACCGGCAAAGAAGGUGCACCACCGUGGACUUCCAGCCACCACUGGUCCCCUCUAGCCAGUGGCCAACAUCGUGACGGUGUCGUGAGCAGUGAAUCCGACCGCUCGUGCAGCCUCGUGUCAAGUGUUCACCCCGCGGAAAAGCGCCGGUUCGUUAAGUGUGCAUUUAAAAAAAACGAAUGACGCUGCAGAGCGAACAAAGCAGAAAUCAAGCGCAAAAGAGGUGGGCUUAGUGCAACACGACGGAAAAAGAAAGGAAAAACCAACGGGAAAAAAGUGGGAGCUCAGGCUCAGGUGUAGCUUUUUUACAAACAGAUACCAAUACCGCACCAAUGCCGCUUCCAGCCGCUUACCCUUUAAGUGCUUACGACCAAUAGAAUGUCCUAGUUUUUCCAGGCGCUUUUUUAGUGCCAUUUAGCACAUCCUUCCUGCCUACCGACACGCCGUGAAUGUGUGUGUGUGUGUGUGUGCGGCGAAGGAAGCAAAUAAAAAAAGUAAAAAAAUAGAAAGGAAAAGGUGCGUGCCACCCGCAAAGGCCACCCAAAGUCGGGGAGGUGGAGUGUCUAUGAGUGUGUAAGUGUGUGUGUGUUUAUGAGAGCGCAUAUGCGUGCUAAGUGUACGUGCUUCUAGUUUCCGGCCCGCGUCCUGGCCCGUGUCAUACACAAUGAAACUCAGUGUCAGUGCCUAUCGAGCCCAUGCAUCAGCACACAAGAAGAUCCUCUCCAGCAGUAGCUAUCAGACACAGUUCAACUACGGAAGUACGGCGGCCGCUUCCUGCUCGGCUCCGACCUCGUCGGCACUGUUUUCAGAACUGGAGCACCUGUUGGCAGACUCUGAGCCGAAGCAGGAUAAAUGUUGACGUUGAGGUGUUGUUUGUUGGUAACCGUCUGGUAUUAGCCUCGACGGUCAUCUUGCACGGGAUUCCUUGGGCAAACGGUACGACGACGAUGGACCCGCCGAAUCCGAGUGCAGCAGGGACAGCAUCCGGAGGCGCCAUACUGCCAACAUGCUCGACCAUCUCGUCCGCCAGCUCGCAGAUGCACCCGGCCGGGCCGCCGUACGGGACCGCGUCCGGUGGUCACGGUGCCACCGGAAGUGGGUCCGGCGGCGGCGGCGGUGGCGUGGGAGCGGACCACGGUGCGACCCUGCUCAGCCCGACGCUGCUGUCGCCCGGGACCAACACCGGCACCGCCUCGAUUGCGACGUCGCGCGACGAAGAGGACGACUCCAGCAAUCAGGCGUCCUCCGGCAGCAAGGGUUCCGGCCAGCGUAUCCGCCGUGGCUCGUCCGCGUUCCGCACGCCCCCGGAAGUUCGCACCUCGCUGGUGUCCCGCACCGGCAGCGGGGAGUGCGGUGGCCCGCGGGGCCGGACCUACCAGUCGACGGAACCGUGCCGCAGCACCGCGAGUCGCUAUCAAUCGAUCGACCGUAGCCACAGCUUCACCGACCAAGACAGCGACGCCAUGUCGCGCUGGUACCGGUACCACCAGCAGCGCCACCCGCUGUCCCGCACCGGCAGCCGCACCGGAAGUGGCCAGCGGCGGCGUUACUCCCUGCGCGACGACGUCGAGCUCGAGGACCGGGGCAGCCUCGACCGGAUGGUGUCGCUCAGUGACAGUGUCGGUGGUCACGGGUCCUGCGGUGGGCUUCUGACGCGUCAUCGUGUCAGCCAUCCGUCCAUGACCUCCUCGUCGCUGGACCCGUUCGAGCCGGCGGGGCUCGGGCCCAGCCAACCGAACCAGCUGCAUCCACCGUCCAGCUCGCACCAGCAGCACCAGCAGCAACUCAGCCACUCCGUGUCCA